GCCGCUCCUCUGGAUGAAGGAUGGGCUGCGCGAUUUCAGGUCUGGCGGCCAAACCGGAGUUUGCAGAGAGGAACCUGGAGGAUGCUGCUGCCGGAGCCGCCGCGCGCCUCAGCGACGACCAGAUCCAGAUCAUCAAGGACUCCUGGAAAGUUAUCCGAGACGACAUCGCCAAAGUUGGGAUUAUCAUGUUCGUCAGGUUGUUUGAGACCCACCCCGAGUGCAAGGACGUCUUCUUCCUCUUCCGAGACGUGGAGGACCUGGAGAGGCUGCGGACCAGCCGGGAACUGAGGGCGCACGGCCUGCGGGUGAUGUCGUUUAUUGAGAAGAGCGUGGCUCGGCUGGACCAGCUGGAGAGGCUGGAGGCUCUGGCUGUGGAGCUGGGAAAAAGCCAUUACCAUUACAACGCCCCACCAAAGUACUACGGUUACGUCGGAGCGGAGUUCAUCUGCGCCGUGCAGCCCAUCCUGAAGGACAGGUGGACCGCCGAGGUGGAGGAGGCGUGGAAGACUCUGUUCCAGUUCGUGACGGGCCUGAUGAGGCAGGGCUACCUGGAGGAGAGCGCCCGCCAACGCCACCUGGCGCUCUCCCCCAAGGAGCGACCAGAGAAGAAGAACACGGCGCUAUGA